AUGUUAUCAUCAUCGGAAGUUGGUAACGCUGUAUCUUUUUCUUAUUUAACAAUACAGGUGAAUCGUUAUUGUGGAAUACUUAUUUUUGUUAUUGGUACUAUUGGCAAUGUUCUCAAUAUCUUAGUCUUAUCACAAAAAACUUUCCGAGGAAAUCCAUGUGCCUGGCUUUUCCUUAUGUCAUCUAUCGCAAGUAUCAUUUCAUAUCUUUCUGGUUUGGUGUCUCGUUUUUUAUCAAGUUGGUCGCUUGAUUUCAGUGAAACAAAUGGAUUUAUUUGUAAAGUACGCGCCGUGGUUGUCUUUCCUGCAAUAACUACAACUUUUUGGCUCAUUGCCUUAGCAACAAUUGAUCGUUGGCUUCUAUCGAGCGCUGACACAAAUCGACGCCAAAAAAGCACCAUACAAAAUGCUGAACGUGGUACCAUUAUCAUGAUUUGUGCAUCAUUUGGAUUUUAUAUUCAAGUGCUAUAUUGUUACGAGCCAGGUCAACUAAAUGCUCCGUUGAAAUGCUAUGCUUCUACAUAUUUCUGUCGGGUAUUAAAUGAUAUAUCGUUUGCAUUGCUGUCUAUAUUCAUUCCUUUAUUAGUUAUGCUCUUGUUCGGAGUGAUGACCAUUUUUAAUAUUCGUCAAAGGCACCAUCAAGUUCAUCAUCAUAAGGCAAAUAUUCACGAAAUUUAUCGUAAAAGAACAGAUCGUCACCUGGUGAUCAUGCUCUUCUUUCAAAUAACUACUCUGUUUAUACUAUCAAUGCCAUGUCCGAUGCAGAAACUUUAUUUAGCAUUUAAAAGUCCUGAUCCGGUUACAGGACGCGAAUAUCCUUUGGAUGUCUUCGUCUUUACUGUUUCUCUUCUUAGUAUGUAUUUAGCAAAUGGCCUAUCCUUUUAUAUUUAUACAAUCUGCGGUGGAAGUACUUUUCAAAAAGGUUUAUUUGAUAUCUUUCAUCGACUUCGACGAAUGAUCGUAGAUAUAUAG